AUGACUACUCAAUCGAUUGGCACUACAUUGACAACCCAUUUGUCUCCAACAGAAUUGCAAAUUUCUCAGCAAUCAGGUCACAUCAAAAUGAUGAACACUUCCGGGAAACGAAUUGUGUUCGGUGUAAGCACGGCGCUCAAGAAGGCAACUACCACUCCGACGGGAGUUUUGGAUCCUAAUGAAGCGGCACUUUUCAUUGUCAAAUGUGAUGGAAAAGAGCAAAACGAUCGCGUCACUAUCAUCUACACAAUUCCUCCAGAAGGUUCCGACAAGCAGUAUCGCUCGGAAUAUUUUCUUCGUGAAGAUGCUCUUAUUGUCAGAAAGAAUCUUCCGAACCGCUUCGAGAAGAUCACUGCUGUUCUUGCUAGAUUCGAAAAAGUAAUCAAUGGAGUUUCGGAUAUUGCUGAAAAGUACAGUAAUUGGGCACUCGGAAAAUCAAACUACCAAUUUUCCCCUCCAAGUAGUAAUUACCAAAUAACUCAGGUUCAGACACCUCCAAGAAGUUAUAACACUGCACCAGUAAAGCGGUUUUUUCACCAAGUUAGAGUUCAACCACCAUCUCCGAAUCCCAAACCCAUAAGCUACCCACACUCGGAAGUUUCCUACUCUCCACAUCCAGUAAAUAGCCAGUUCUAUUCUACUACACCUGCUCCCAAAUUCAAUACUGAUUUCACAUUUCUGCCAAACCCAUACUACGCUAAUCCAACAAAUGUCACUUCAUCCCCAUAUUAUUACCAACAAGUACCACCACCAGCCCGAAUAUCGCAACUUCCAACCGAGAAUCGCCAAGUCUUCCGAUCUCCUGUCCGAGUGCAACAACCAACUAUUUCGAUGAAUCCUAAUUUUCCAAGGCUGAUGGAAACUGAAGUACCAACUCCAACUCCUCCGAUGUUUUCAACCAAUUCGUCUUCGUUUCCGAAUCACAUGACUCAUAACUUCGGGCCAUCAAUUUUAAGUCAACUUCUGAAUCCUAUUCUCCAAGAAUCUUCUACUCCAACUCCUCCCAUACAAAUUGCUCCUCAAAUUCACGGCAAUCCAAACUUCCCAACAUUAUCUCCUCUUCCGUUGCCCCCAAUUCAAGAACCACCAAAAGAAGAAGUUAUGAAAAUCGCAUCGAAAAAGAGAUUAUUUGGGAUGCCCCGAUUUCCAGUAGAUCAUCGGAACUUCUUUCAGUCUGGAAUGACGUGCAUUUCUGGAUGGUGUGGAAAUGAGUGCUGCGAAUCCAGAAGGCAAUUUUCUUCGCCUACAACUACAAUUCAAGCUACUGCCAUGCCAGGAUCUCCCGGACCACCUCAUCCUCUUGUUUUGGUUGUUCAUCCAUCUCCGCCUAUUCAACAACAAUGCUCUCCAGCAUGUCAACCACAUUGUAAUCAACAGUGUGUUGCAAGAUUACAGUACAUGCACGAGACUAAUUUUUAUUACAAUCACAUUCUGGAGCCAACAUGUCGCCCCGAUUGUAUGCCCUCCUGCCACGUGGAUUGUCUUAUCAUUCCACCCCAACAAGUUCGAUGCAACAGUUUCAACUGUCAAUGUCUAGCUGGCUACGUGCAAUGUGCAGCAUUCACUUGUUGCAUGAGAUACCCCAAUCUUGCUGCAAGAAUGAGAAGCAAUGUGCUGAGAAAGUCAUCUGAAGAAACAGAGGUUGAAAACAGUGAUGAAGAGAAUGUGAUCAAUGAAAAACGAAUGUACACACCGAUUCGGAUGAGAGCCGAAAAACGAAAACACGGUUGGGGUAUUCAGGAGAACGUCUUCACGAAUCAGAUGUUUUCAGACAUUGAAAAUGUCACACAAAAGCCCAAACAGACUUUCUGGACAAAGAAACGGAUAAGUGAUGGGAAGUCAACAAGUACACCAACCACAACUUCAUCAACCACGACUCCUCCUCCAUGUCCAACUACGACGACUACAACAACUACAACGACUACACCUCCGAACACGACAACUACACCAUCAACUACCACAACCACGACUCCAGCGCCAACUACAACUACAACUGAGAGGACCACACCUAUGACCACAACGAUGUACUCCACAACUUUCACAACUUCUACCACUACAACAACACCUGUGCCGAUAUCAAAGACCACUACACCCAAAAUCAUGAUGAAUCUAACACCAAUCUACCCUGAUAUGAUAAUGAAAGCUAACAAGAUACCGAUGAUACCGGCAUAUGGAAUGUGGGCGAUUCCACAAACUUCACAAUUACCAUCAACUCCUACGGAUGAAUAUGGAAAUGCUUUAUCUGGAACGAAAACAGAAGCUGUUGAAAAAAAGAAUUCGGUUGGAGAUAUUCGGGGUAGGCAUGUCAUCCGGUCAGAAAACUUUUUGGAUGUUCUGAGUGAGCUGGCUCAGGUGAAAAUAAAAGAAGACAUCACUGACGACUUUUCUCAUGCAGCAAACUUCAUUGAAUUCAUGACGGAUAGUAUCCGUAAACUAUGA